AUGGAUCAAGUGAGCAUCAAGAUGGAAGAUUUCAUGGAUGUGGUGUACAGGUGUAAAUUUUGCCCCUACAGCUGCACACAGUCCCCUGACAUGGGAGUCCAUGUUAGAGACAUUCACUUGUCUUCAGGCUCCCUGUCACAGCAGGGUAGCCCUUCCUUGAUGAAAGCAUCUGACUCCAGUUUGGCACUGGCCUUAGAUGUUGCAGUCUCUGAAGCUGUUGGGAAAAUUGCUGCAGCAGCUGCUACUGGCACCUCAGUGAGUUCCUCAACCAUCAGCAGCUUGGUGGACCCAGGACCUGGCCGCAGCAACACCAACUUUCAUCAUCUUCAUGAGUCUGAAGAAGUUUUAGGCUUUACAUCUGAUGCUCAUGCUUUUCUGGAUAAAGUAUCUUUUACUCCAAUGAGCAUUCCAUCCACCCAGACCGGGCCCAUGACACUAAGUAACACAUCAACUCCUGAUCUGACAGAGCUGAUCAACUUGGUCAAGCCAUCAGAGAACAACUGCGGCAGCAGCAGCAGCAUUCGCCAGAGCAGCAGCAACAGUUUGUUUACCAAUGCCAGCGGUCAUCUAUCGGGCAUAGAUUCCUGUCAUUUUGUCACUACCAGCAGUGGUCAUCUGCCGGUCAAUGAUAGCCAUCUGUCCUCAGGUGAGAGCCAGCUGGGCAUGGCCUCCGUUGUGCAGCUGCAGCAGCCAGGAGGAGCUGCACCGUUGUCUUCUUCAGUUACACAGCCAUUUACCAGUGCCACUGUUGUGUCUGGAGACCUUGAUGGGCUGGGCGUCUCACAGCCUUACACAGUCAUGGCAAUACACUUGCCGCAUCUAGCUGUGAGCGGGUCGAACACACUUCCACACUAUGUUGUGAGCACGCCAGUGUCAGAACCUAUCAGUAUACCUGAACAUACAGAGACAAAGGAAUUUCUGCUGUGUGGAUUGUGUAAACUGGCUUUCACCACCAUGGAAGAAUGCCAGUCCCACAUGCAGUCAGAACACAAAGAGUUGAUGCAAUGCAGUGGGGUUAGCAUUGGCGUGCAGGCAGGCGGUGCAAAACGGGGCCGCAAACGCAAAGCCGAUCAAGUAAAGUUCAAGGAAAUAGUAUUGGACACUGAAGAUAUGGAAUGGUUGCCAAGUGUGACUGACAACAACAGGACUCCCCAUCCAGAUGGACGAAUGCGCCGUAAAGUUAAACCUCCUCGUGCCCUGAAAGAGGACUUUGUUCUUGGGAAACGUUUAAAGCGACGAAUUCGUGAGUCUGGUCUCAACCUGGGUUACAAGAUAGCCUGUCCAAUGAUGAGUUGUAAAGCAAAGUUUAAAACUGAGAUGGGUUUACAUACCCACAUGUCUUGCCACAAUCUGGAUGACACCGCAUUUACUUGCAAGGAGUGCCAAGCCCCACAUGAAUUUUGGAAGCAGCUGCGCAUGCACCUGUGGAGGGAUCAUAGGAUAGACUGUGAUUUGUUUAGCUGUGAUCAGUGUGAUUACAAGACGGAUACACAUCAUAAGAUGAAUAUUCAUAAGGAGAUCCAUACAGACAGUAAACCCUACACUUGUGAUGUCUGUGGCAAGGGAUUCCGUCAGGCAUCACAAAUGAAGAAUCAUCAAGUCACUCAUGUUGUUCAGGAGGGGAAGGAAGCAAGAAAGGGCUGGUUUUCUUCCAAGACAUGUGAUAUCUGUGAUAGAGCAUUUGCAAACAGCAAAUGCUUAAAAAACCAUAAAGCAGCUGUUCACAGUACGUACAAACCUUACGAGUGUAUGUACUGUAGCCAUACAACAGCUAGGAAGGCAAUGAUGGAGCUGCACAUACGCACACAUACGGGAGAAAAGCCUUUCAAAUGUGAUAUAUGCAGCUACAGUACAGGGGACCAUAAUUCUAUGAGGCGACACAAGAUGCGCCAUACAGGGCAGAAGCAGUACAGGUGCACACAGUGCCCUUACACAUGCAUACAGAGUAUCUCUCUGAAACAGCACAUGCGCCACAAGCACCCGGGCACUACAGCGGGCAUAUUCCAGUGCUCUAGAUGCCCCUUCAGAACCAUCAACCAGGAAAUCUACAGCAAUCAUGUGCAGGACCACAAGAAAGGCCUCAUCCCAGAUAAGGUUGUUCCUCAGAGAUUAGAAUUACCUAAAGCCAAAAGGAUACCCCGAAGACUGCAGGCUGGCUCGGCUAAACGACAUGCAGCUGGGCAAUCAGUGGUGGAGACCUUGCUCAUGAAACACCCCCAGUUCCAUGCAGUUCUGCCCGGAGAGGAGCCCACCAUCUUGUCAAGCAUCACUGGAGAUCCUCUUUCACGUGGCAUUGAGGCUGAGGUUUUCAACAUGCAGGUGACGAUGCUGCCUGAUGGUGACACUCAGAUCAGUGCCGAUGACAUGAAUAGAUUAUCUGAAAGUCCGUGUCUCUUAGCAACGGGGGUUUCACCGCUACAGCUGAUCUACUCCACCCUGUCCACCAUCUCUGAGCAGGGAGAGGCUGUGAGGGUAGGGGAAGGCAAAUCUGCCCUGUUGACGGCAGAACUCAUUGGGGGGAUUCACACAGCCAUUCUCAGCUCCAUGCAGGAUGGAGUGACUGUACAUUCGGUCACCUACCACAUACCCAAGAUCGGAGCUGGGCUCAACAGUGAAGAUGACAGUGACAAGGUUCCCAAUGUUGGCUUAACAAAAGGGGAUGAUGAACUAAUGAACAUUCAAGCCAGAAAUACGGAAAACAUCAACAACAGUGUUGAUAAUAAUGCUCAGAAACUGGACGCAGUUGAAAGUGGUAUGGGGCCAGUUGUGUUGCAAGACUCUGGUAUUGGGGAAGCUGAAGAUAAGAAGUCAGAAAACAUCUUUUAUUCUGAAGUCUCUGUGAAAUCUGAUAACCCCAUUGAUAUUGUAAACAAGGACAGUUGUAUAUCUCUGGAUUCUCCUUCAAAGAUGGAUUGUAUAAACAGAAGUGAGAAAUUGCUGGAAUCCAGUGUUUUGAGAGAGAUGUUAGAAUGCAAGGAUAAGGUUUCUUUUCUAAAUACGCAGGACGGGAUGGUAAAUUUUAUCACUGUAGACUUCCUAGAUUCUUCCAUUGUAAGUGCCACGACACCAGAUGUUUCAUUGGGCAUAACUCGCCAUGGUGAAUCCGAGAGUGUUUGA